GGAGAGAGGGAGAGAGAGAGAGAGAGAGAGAGAGAGAGAGCUUCAGUUGGAGCAAGUGUCUCUUCCUCUCUUCUCUUUGCCGAAAAUCUUCCCCGUGAUUUCACAGUUUCACCUGUGAUGGAGGCGAGAGGAGAACGAGGAGGAGGAGGAAGAUACCACCAGGCAGCCAAGCGUCUCCGUACCGAGGAGGAGGAGGAGGCUGGUGAGGAGGCCCUGAGCGAGGCCCCAGAGAGCAGCAGCCGGAGGAGGAGCGGGGGGAAGGACGGCGUGGAGGACAGUCACCGCAUCCCCCCGUCCCCGGUCGUCCACGUCCGAGGACUCUGCGACGCCGUGGUGGAGGCCGAUCUGGUGGAGGCGCUGGACAAGUUCGGCAACAUCUGCUACGUGAUGAUGAUGCCCUUCAAGCAUCAGGCUCUGGUGGAGUUCGACAGUGCGGAGAGCGCCGAGCGCUGCGUGACGCGCGGAACCGGCGAGGCCGUGUGCGUCGCCGAGCAGCAGGCGUUCUUCAACUUCUCCACCAGCAAGAGAAUCACCAGACCCACCAACGCAGACGACCCCACCGGCGGGAACAAGGUUCUGCUGCUGUCCGUCCAGAACCCGCUGUACCCCAUCACCACCGACGUGUUGUACACCGUCUGUAACACCGUCUGUGACGUCCUGCGCAUCGUCAUCUUCAAACGCAACGGUGUCCAGGCCAUGGUGGAGUUCGAGUCGGUGGAGGACGCUCAGAAAGCCAAGCUGGCCCUGAACGGGGCCGACAUCUACGCCGGCUGCUGCACACUCAAGAUCGAAUACGCUCGGCCCAGCAGACUCAACGUCGUCCGCAAUGACAGCAGCAGCUGGGAUUACACCAAACCCUUCCUCCUGCACCGAGAGCGAGGGAAGGGGAGGCAGCGUCAGGCCAUUCUGGGAGAACAUCCGUCCAAUGGCUACGGCCCACACUGCCCCCUGCUGCCUCUGCCUGCCAACAGCAGGUACAGGAGGCGGAGUGAGGAGGUGCGGGACAUGAUCUCCUACCCGCUGCUCCUCCCUAGGAACGGUUCUUCCUCAUCCUCGUUCCUGAGCCCCUCCCCCUCCAGCGCUGUCGCCAUGGUGAGCGGCCUCCACCCAGCCAGGAUGAACUGCGGCCGCAUCUUCAACCUCUUCUGUCUCUACGGCAACGUGGAGAAGGUGAAGUUCAUGAAGAGCGUUCCCGGCACGGCGCUGGUGGAGAUGGGCGAUGAGUACGCUGUGGACCGAGCCGUGACUCACCUCAACAACCUCAAGGUGUUCGGGAAAAAACUCACCGUCUGCGUGUCCAAGCAGCAGGCGGUGAUUCCCAGCCAGGUGUUUGAGCUCGGCGACUCCAGCAGCAGCUACCGCGACUUCAGUCUGACCAGAAACAACAGCUUCAGCGGAGCCCACAGCGGCCGGAACAUCAUCCAGCCGCCCGCCGCCAUCCUGCACUUCUACAACGCCCCGCCCACCUUCUGUCAGCAACAGCUGCACAAGCUGUGUGGCGAACACCACGUUCCCGCCUUCACAAAGUUCAAGGUCUUUGAUGCUAAACCCAGCUCGAAGACUCUGUCCGGUCUGCUGGAGUUUGACAGUAAAACUGAAGCUGUGGAGGCUCUGACCGUCCUCAACCACCAUCAGAUCAGAAUACCCAACAGCUCCAACCCCUUCACCCUGAAACUCUGCUUCUCCACCUCCUCCCAUCUGUGACCCACCACAAGAUGGACGCCACCGCCGCCUGCUCGUCCAGAGAGGAAACUGUUCAUCGCAAACAUCAACAACAACAACAGAGAAGAGGACGAACAGGGGAUUUACGUUUGAACGGAGGGGUUUUGUGAGUCUCGCGUCGACUCGAGUGUGAAGCAGGAAGUGAUGGAGUCGCUUCCAGAGAAGCGACUGAAAGAAUCCAUCUGACACAAUGAAACUGAAUUUCAAAGUUGUUGUAACAGAACUCAGGGAGGAUUUACCAAAGGCUCUGAACCAAUCAGAUAUCAGCCUGGAAGACACGUGUCGUGUUGUGGUUGUUUUUCAAUCCUAAACUCUCUUAAAUUUUUGUCAUCAUAUGUCAUUCUAUUCUAUUUGUUUGGUUUGGCACAGUUUUGUUUUAUUUUGUUUGUUAAUUUUAUUUUACAAUCUACCUGUUCAGCGUAAUUCUUUCUAGUUUACUGUACAGUACAAACACAGAGGUCCGAGGGAACAGGAUGUGAAGUGAAGGGAUAAUUUAACAGUAUUUUUUUAUAGUGUAGGAUUUAAAAAUACAUUUUUUAACAAACAAGCACCUCCUCUGAUGUUACAGGAUACAGUGUGGACAUAACAUAACAUACAUCUGCUGUUCUUUCCUUUAAUACUACCCUAACCAGUUCUGGGUUAUAGAUUGGUGGCUCCCGCACUAGCGGUCGUCCUGGGGAUCACGUGACUCCAAUGGGGGAAGUCAUGUGAUGAUUUCCAGAAAUUGAAUAAAAUUAGUAAAAAAAAUAA